CUGUAAUGUGAUUAUGUUUUUAACUGUACCUCGAUUGUGAUGCGUGUGAAAUGAUUUGAAUGUCCCUCAACCGAGAGCCCGAGGAGAAUAAUGAAUCCCAGACCACAAUACAUAUCAACCAGUCGACUGACUUAACAUCAGACGCUACCUUCUAUUCUCUGGUAUCAUUUGACAGUCCAGAAGGCAGCGGAAAUCAAGACUCUGAAUGUCAAUUGUACCUCAGUUUAGAUCAAAAUGAAAUCGAUCAUAGCGAUUCAUCGUUUGAAAGAACACUAGUUCCGAAUUUGAUCGAAAGCACACCGCAUAAACUAAAUAAUUUGGAGCAGGAUUCAAACGAGCGUGAUCAGAAACUGGGAAGCAGUGAUUUUUUGAGUCCGAUUGUUCCGAAUUGGGACAGAAGUGAAAGUAAAGAAGGUUUUUUAAGUUCGAAUACUACGACUGAAAACGCGACUUGGAACAGUUGUUUUGAAAGUUUUGAUCAGAGUGAAAGUUUCGGACAGGAGCCGGGAACUGCAGGGGAAAAUUUCUUCACGCCGAUAAAAGAUCUAAAUACUGAAAAGAAGGAAAACUCGGCUGCAAAUCUAUCCAUAUAUUUUGCUACAGACAAAGGAAAUUCAGAGCGAACAGACUCCGAAUUCAAUUUGGAGUCUCCCAUCAACGAGUCAAAGGAAAACAACUCUUCCUGUGAAAUCGAGAGUGAAUUAAAGACUCCGCCCUGUGUGAAAAGAGAAAAUCUGGUUGAUAACUGGUGGGGGAGUUUAACAGAGGGAACUAACAGCGACAAAGAACAAGACGCGGCCGGGGGUGACUGUCUGGUUGACGAGAGUCCGUUGUUAGCUGUGAAAGUACUGCGGAAGAGAUUCGAAGCUCUAGAUCUGUUCUGCGAAGGAACUGUCAAAGGAGUCAGGAGUUACCGGGAGCUGACCUCUUCUAAACUUGAGCUGCUGGAAUCAGAUUCACUUGUGCUGCCCGAAAGUCAAAGAUCACACAUCGAUUCAGCCUGCAGUAGCCAAUACAACACGCUCUCGCUCAAAACACCGCUGAGCGAAGACAAAUCAGAAGUCAAAUUAGCUCUUCUGGCAGAUUUUGACUCCAUUUUUGGAGAUAUCACUACUGCAACACACGGAUUAGGAGUAACUAACGUCGAAAACAUGGAACCGGAAUCGGAAAAUCACGUGACGAGUGUGCAAACGGAGUCGCGAGUAGAGAUGAUGUCGGGUGAUCAUCAGGUGAUCAAAGAGUUCGACGUGAACAAGUUGCCGGAGACUAUCCACGUUUUGACUGGCUGUAAAGGGGCUAAAGUUUACUUGGUUGGUACUGCGCAUUUCAGCGAAGAGAGUCAAGAAGAUGUCAGAAAUAUCAUCAGACAUGCAAGACCGACAGACAUUGUGGUGGAGUUGUGCGGUUCCAGGAGGGACAUCAUGUUAAGAAACAAUCAUGAAAGAAUGCAGGACACGCCCAACCCGCUCUCGUACCAGAGCAUAUCCCUCAGCAUGAAAAAGCACGGCAGUGCAAUGGUGGGUCUGUUGAACUGUCUGUUGCUCUAUGUGUCAGUGAAGAUCCAACAGAAGACAGGACUCACUCCAGGGGGAGAGUUCAGAGCUGCCUUCGAAGAGAGCCAAAAGCUGGAGCCUAAGGCGAAUGUGUACGCGGGAGACAGGAACGUGUUCGUCACUCUGCAGAGGGCCUGGUACUCCCUUUCUGCCUGGAAGAGGGCCCAUUUGCUGUUCACACUAGCUACAAGCGAUGUAGACGACAUCACCCUGGAAGACGUGGAGAAUUGUAAGGGAAAGGACAUGUUGGAGCAGCUGUUGGGGGAGCUGAAGAAAGACUUUCCUGAACUGAGCAGAGUGAUCGUGUCCGAGAGAGACUUAUACCUAGCAAAUUCCAUCAGAAAGUGUGCAGACGGAAGAAGUGCGGGCGACUCAAUAGUUGCAGUAGUUGGUAUCGGACAUAUGAAGGGCAUCGAGGACCACUGGGACUCAGCAGACUCGAUUGACAUCAAAGAACUGGAGGUAAUUCCCCGCAAGAAGAGUCUGCUACCCUGGAUGAAACUGAUCAAGCUGGGACUCCUGUCUGGAACUCUAUUUAUUACUUAUAGAUACUUCAAGAAGUAGUAGACGUGGUUGAAUAAACUAAGAUCACUGUUAAUUUUUGGUGUUUUCAAGUGUUAAUGAAUGAAAAAUAUGGUAAUUUUUUCAGAAAAGUUCUAA